AUGGUUGGUAUUUUCUCCAGAUUCUCUGUUGGUAGAAGCAGCCAUCGAAGAACACAGAGUGCAAUCNAUGAUAAGGAAGUAUUAGCUCCAAAANCUGAUGUUACUGCAACAANUACCAACACUGGAACAACAACUGCAACUCAUGGGAUUGAAGUAGCUACCGAAUUCAAACCAGUGGAACAUCCAGUUGAGCCUUUGGACAAUGAUCUACCGAUUCAAUGUCCAUUACCCGAACCAUCCAUUCUAAAUGAUGGGAGAAUCUGGAAGGAGAGAGUAUCGGCGACUAUGAGGAGAAAAGGUGAUUUGCAGAGUAUGAAAGAUGAGUCUGCUGGUGAAUCUGAUGGACCCGUGCCAAAACCGCCUCGCCCGAGCCCGUCUAAUCGUUCAAUCUUGCCAUCAGUUAGUGCCCCUGAACACGACUUACUAAAUCUACUAGAAGAAUGCAAUGCGAUGCUGCCGGUAACAUCUAACAACGGAUGA